AUGACCCCCACAGCUUCCGCCAACUCCCCCGCGGACCCCUCUAAAUCACAACCGCAAACCAAGCACAUCGCCAAUCCACGACGCCUACUCAUUCUAACCCCGACAUCCCAAUCAGUCUCGAUAAUUCCUCCUCUCCUACACUCUCUCACUGGUGUACCUGUCGUCGAUCCUCCACAACAUGAUUCCACCCUAGAAACACCAUCUCAAUCCUCCGAUGAUAACACAUCUACCCCUCCACCCACCACCACCGCCACUACUACUACCACCUCCUUCGCCGGUUACACAACCCACAGUCCCCUCCGUCUAAACACGAAAUACUACUCCGCGGAGAUCCCGCUCUGGGUUGAUGAAAUACCCCUCUCAACCGAAUCCGAAACUCCCGCAGCAGCAGGAACAGGAGCAGCAAGCUCAGAUACACCCACCCCAGCCCAGUGGCGCACAGAAUUCCUCAGUGAAGAAGCUGAGAUCGUGCGCGAUGCCGUCGGUGCAUUAGUCGUCUGCGUGCGCAGUCCUGAAUCCAAGCAGACCACACCUUCUACCUCUACCGCGGACGCAGACACAGACAUAGACGACCCCGCGAGUCGCCCAGAAGUCCGCGCCGUACUGGACUUGAUGCGCGAUGUUGGCGCUGUUAAGGCCUGUAUCGAUGAGGAGCGCGGUGGGUAUGGUGAUGUACCGGGUGUAUUUGUGUUAGUAGGGAGUCGCAGUUCUGCUGCUCCGAAGAGUUCUGCGCCGGAUGGGGAGACGAGAUUGGAGCUGGGGGUGGAUGAUGUGGAUUUGGGGGAUGGUGCGGCAGAUACACCGUUCUCGGUGGGUUGGUGGGAGGAUCAGCUUUUUGAUUUGGGUCUUUUUGGGUGGGAGGUUGUGGAGUGGGAUCCUGUUGAGCAGGGUGGUGAGAAGACGAGGAAUAAGUUUGGAGAAUAUGAAGGUAUGCCACGCAUCAAAGAAGUACUCGAGACCCAUGACUGGAGUACAUCCGGAGCCGCAGACGAUCUCGACCAUGCAGAUCUCGAUUUCGGUGAUGAUCUCGAAGAAGAACUUCUCGGAUUUGGAAGGUCAGCGCAUACGAGCGGCUUUGGACACGAAGUCCAAGAGUUGGAGCGUGAAAUGAUGGGUCUACGGAUGGCUAUUGAGCGUGGUGGGGGUGAUGGUGAUCAGAGUGAUGCAGACCUUGACCUUGACGAUGGGGAUGAAGAGCUCAAGGUUGAGUCCAUUGAGACACUGAUGAUGCGCAUGCAGGCUAUUCGAGAUAUGGGAUCGGAAUUGCCUGAAGGCGAGCGCAGGAAGUUUGCUGCAAAGGCCGUGUCGGAUAUUAUGCGAGAAUUAUAG